GCAGCACUCACCUCUCACUCGACACCCCACACCUCCUUCACCUCACCCACACAAUCCACGAUGGUCCUCACGCUCCACGGCAACAUCCACUCGACGUGCACGAGCCGCGUGCGCACGGUGCUCGAGGAGCUGAACGUCCCGUACGAGUUCGUCGGGAUCGACUUCGCGAAGGGCGAGCACAAGGCGCCCGCGUUCGUCGCGGUGCAGCCGUUCGGGCAGGUGCCCUACCUCGACGACGACGGCUUCAAGGUGUACGAGAGCCGCGCGAUCGCGCGCUACAUCGCGAUCAAGUUCGGCGGCGUCGGGAAGCUCAUCCCCGCGCAGUCAGAUGCGCAGAAGACCGCGCUGUUCGAGCAGGCGGCGAGCAUCGAGACGGCCAACUUUGACCCGUCGGCGUCGGGCCUCGCGUUCGAGAACAUCUUCAAGGUGAUGCACGGCGGCAAGACCGACCCCGCGACCGUGGAGCGCCUCAAGAGCACUCUUGAGGCGAAGCUCGCCGCGUACGAUGUCAUCCUCGGCAAGACGAAGUUCCUUGCUGGCGAUGAGGUCACCCUCGCGGACCUAUUCCACCUCCCCUACGGCGCGCUGCUCGAGAAGCAGGGCAUCGACUUCCUCGUCUCCGGCAAGUUCCCGAACGUGACUCGCUGGUGGACGGAGAUCUCUUCUCGCCCGGCGUGGAAGAAGGUCAUCACCCCGGCGUAAACGACGAGGCUGACAGCUUAAGUAGUCUCAGGGGCACUGUGUACUUGUAGUUCACUUCAAUGAAACGAAGAUUUCGCAUGCAUAC